UCUCGGCAUCCUAAUCCAAGUCUGAGCCAAUGGCCAUCAAAGCCAGAAACUGAGCGUCAAACCCAUUUUCAUAAACGUUUCCACUGCUUUCUGCCAUUGAGCACCGACAGCGAGGCCGACGAGAAGCCGCAGGUGGUGGCGCAGGCUCAUGAAAGGCCUCGACACGAAGCUCUGAUUUUGCCCGGUCAAACUCAACCAAAACACAAGCACAUAAGCGCUUCCUUUUUUUCAUGGCCGCUCAAACCCAUUCUUCACCUUCCAAAUCUCGUUGGAACUACGAUGUCUUCCUCAGUUUCAGAGGUGCAGAUACCCGCAAGAACUUCACCGAUCACCUCUACUCUGCUCUGAUUCGAGCCGGGAUUCGGACCUUCCGAGAUGACGAGGAGCUUCGAAGUGGGAACAACAUCUCUACUGAACUACUCAACGCGAUUCAUGGAUCGAGGAUUUUUAUUGUGGUUUUCUCCAAAGACUAUGCUUCUUCUAGGUGGUGCCUUGAUGAACUUGCAGAGAUUGUGCAAUGUAAGAAUAACAUAGGCCACACUCUCAUUCCCAUAUUUUAUCAUGUGGACCCCUCGCACGUUAGAAGACAGACCGAAACGUUUGCCAAAGCAUUUGCCAAGCAUGAAGGGCGGUUUCAAGCAGAUAUGGAGCGGGUACAAAGGUGGAGAGAAGCUCUUACUGAAGCUGCAAACUGUUCCGGUUGGGAUCUCGGGAGUGUUGCAAACGGGUAUGAAUCGAGGUUUAUCGACAAGAUUAUUGAAGAAGUUUUAGGUAAAGUGAAGCCAACUCACUUAAAGGUUGCCAUACACCCAACAGGAAUGAAUUCUCGUAUUGAGGAGAUAAAAGUUUUAUUAAAUCUUGGAACAAAGGAUAUUGUUCGCAUUGUGGGCAUAUAUGGGAUGGGGGGAAUUGGUAAAACCACCAUAGUAAAAGCUGUCUACAACCAAAUAUGUGAUGGAUUUGAAGGAGGCAGUUGUCUUUUGAACAUCAAAGAACAUUCAGAACAGUUCAAUGGUUUAGUUCAUUUACAAGAAAAACUUCUUUAUGAUAUCGUGAAAAAAAAUUUGAAGAUUGACAAUGUUGAUGAAGGAAUCGAAUUGAUUGAGGAAAGAAUUCAAGGCAAAAGAGUUCUUGUUGUUCUUGAUGACGUAGAUGACUUGAAACAAAUACACACUUUAGUUGGAAACUUCAAAAAGUUUGGUCUAGGAAGUAGACUCGUGGUAACAACUAGAGAUGAACAUUUACUAACUCAAUUACAAGUAAAUGGAAAGUAUGAGGUUAAAAAAUUAGAUCAGUUGGAGUCUCUUCAACUUUUCAGUUGGCAUGCUUUUGGGAUGGCCGAACCAAUAGAAGGUUACUUGGACCUUUCAAUUAGCGUAGUGAAAUAUGCUGGAGGACUUCCAUUAGCUCUUGAAGUUUUGGGUUCAUAUCUCUUAAGAAGAAGCAUUAUUGAAUGGAAAAGUGCAUUGGAACAAUUGCAUACAAAUCCUCACCGCCAAAUUCAGAGAAUACUUCAAAUAAGCUUUGAUUCAUUGGAUGAUAAAACAAUGGAAAUAUUCCUUGAUAUUGCAUGUUUCUUUAUUGGCAUGGACAAAGAAUAUGUCAACAAGAUUCUCCAUGGAUGUGGUUUCUUUCCAGAUAUUGGCAUCAAUAUUCUCAUUCAAAGGUCCCUUGUGACAAUUGAUUACUAUAAUAGGUUGAGGAUGCAUGAUCUAAUUCGAGAUAUGGGAAGAGAAAUUGUUUGCAAAAGGUCAUCCAAUGAUCUGGGAAAACGUAGUAGGUUGUGGUUUCACGAGGAUGCCUUCAAUGUAUUAGGCAAGCAUAUGGGAUCGGAACUAGUGGAGGGUAUCAUCCUAAAUCAGCCUGUACUUGAAGAUGUAUAUUUACAAACUGAAACGUUUGCAAUGAUGAAGAAUUUGAGAUUGCUCCAAAUCAAUGCUGUAUAUCUCACUGGAUCCUAUGAACAUAUUUCCAAAGAGCUAAGAUGGCUUUGCUGGCAUAAAUGCCCUCUGAAAUCUCUGCCACUAAGUUUUUCUCUAGAGAAUCUUGCUGUUCUUGACAUACAACAUAGUCAAAUCAAACAAGUCUGGAAGGAGAACAAAAUAUUCAACAAGUUGAAAGUCCUUAAUCUCAGCGAUUCCAAAGAUCUCACUAAAUCACCAAACUUCUUACAAGUCCCACAUCUAGAAAUUCUGAUACUUGAAGGUUGCACAAACCUAAUUGAGGUUCAUGAAUCUAUUGGACAUUUGGAAGGACUUGUUUUACUAAAUCUAGAAGGAUGCAAGAAACUAAGGGAUCUGCCAAGAAGCAUUUGUAAUUUAAUCUCUCUUGAAAUUCUUAACUUGUCUGGCUGCUUAAAACUUGACAAGUUACCGGAGCAAUUGGGGAAUAUGAUGGCUCUAAAAGAGUUGCUUGCAGACAGAACUGCUAUCAAGCAACUACCAUCCUCCGUUGGUCUUUUGAAGAAUCUCAAAACUGUAUCAUUAUUCGGAUACGAAGGAGAAUCCUCAAACUCUUGGUUGUCAUGUUUCUCAUCGUGGAUUUCACCCAAAAGCUCGGUCUGCAAAAGUUUGUUGCCAGCUUCUGUUUCUAGAUUAUGUCUUUUGAGUAGACUAUGUCUCAGGCAGUGCAGUUUGUCUGAAGAUGGAUUCCCCAUUGAUCUUGGCAGUUUAUCUUCACUCCGAGAUUUGACUUUAUCCGGAAACGAUUUUCGCAACCUGCCAAAUUGCAUCAGUCAGCUUCCUAAAUUAACUUAUUUGUAUUUGAAUGAUUGCACGACUCUUCAAUCAAUUUCAGGACUCCCUGCAAGUUUAAGGAUCGUAUAUGCAGAAGACUGCACAUCACUGGAAAGACUAUCAGUUUUGCCACACGUGAAAAAUAGACAAUUUUUUUUCCUUCGUAACUGCCAUAAACUGGUUGAGAUUCAAGGCUUGAAACCUUCAUCAAUCAUUCACAUGGAAGGAUGCAACAAUUUGGCCUAUGAUUUUACUGAGAGUCUCCUCCAGUGUCCGUCGACCAAGAGUGCUAAUCAGUAUAGUGCUAUUUUCCUCCCUGGUAGUGAGGUUCCAAAUUGGUUCAGCCAUCAGAGCAUUGGAUCUUCAAUAUCCUUUCACGUACCUGCAAUUUCAGAGGGUGAAAUCCGGGGCUUGCUUGUUUGUGCUGUUUAUGCAGCCAAGGAAGAACCCGAUGAGAUUGGUGGUGCUACUGGUUGUCGCAUGAAAAUCAAUAAUAAAACCAGAGGCUACCGAUACACUAACUGGAAAACAUUCAGUGUUCUUCCUAUAACCUGUGAAGAUCAUUUCUUUGUCUACCACACGCCACUGAUAAAAAAUCAAUUGGAGAUGGAAACUGGAGACAAAAUGGAGGUGUCCAUCGAACCAUGGAGGGCGAUUGAAGUGAAGAAGUGUGGAAUUCAUCUACUAGUUCAAGACUCUAAUGUAGUAGAUGAAUUUGGAAGUGUGGUCCAACAUGUGGAUUCUGAUACUGCUACUGAUGGUUCUGCGAAUGAAGGGAAGGUUUCUGAUGGUGAGGACUGAGGACUGACUAUUACAGUGUUUAUCAGCAAACCAAGGGCAUGAUUCACUCAAACAUUGGGUUGGUGGUGGCAACGAUGGUCAGAAAUUCUUUUGCAUCCAAGAAAGGUGUUGGUGGGUCACCCACUGAUCAUGCCACGCCACCAACUGGCAUGGGUGGGGUUGGGUGGCCCCUUGUUGGUGAGAGGGAGGUGGUUGACUUUUUUUUUUUUUUUUUCUUUUUUCUUUUUUCUUUUUUGGCACUUUGGUACACAUGGAAAUAUUUUAUUGGGUCUCGUACGGUCUUAUACAUCCCUGUCACAAAUUUCAUUGAAAACUUUAGCAACUAGUGCAUGGAGGGAGCGAUUUGAUAAAAGAGUAUACCAUUUGAAGUGA